GGCUGGAAGACGACAAUACGCUAAAACGAACGACAACACCACACCAGAUGAACAUCCCGACAUUUUCUUUCGCCCACGACCGUAUCCGAGGAUUUUAUAGCCCCAGCCAACGAAUCUCUUGCCCUGACCGCGGUGGAAAGAUCAGCCAAUCUGAGUAAUUGGUGCCUCUCUGUCACCUCGAUUCGCUCCACCUUUGCACAUUUGCAUAAAACAAGGAAAUUGUUGUUGUCAUUAUCCCGCGGCCCCCGCAAGGGAUAGAUCUGAUAAGAACCAGGUACAAGGUCGGCACGUGUGAUAAACACACCACCAUCAAAAGAACAAAAGAAUCUCAGCUCGUCCCAAAACGGCAAUCCUCAAACUCCGAAGAAACAAGGCGAUCUCCUCUCCCAGGGCUGAACCCUCACUUCGAAAACCUGGAAUUGCACCCUUGGACCCCUUCCGAUUACCCCUCACCGACAGCAAUGGCAACGGCUGUCUCUGCCCCAGGAAAAGUCUUGUUGGCAGGCGGGUACUUGGUACUAGACCGUACCUACACCGCCCUCGUCUUUGGCCUUAGUGCGAGAAUUCAUGUGCUGGUCAACGACAUUGAUACCAGCACAGGCGUGGAGCUGUCUGAGAUUGUCGUUGAGAGUCCUCAGUUUCGAGAGGCUUCUUGGAUAUAUGGCUAUCACCUGACGAGUGAACAAGGAGGUGUGAAUAUCACUCAAUUAAAUGGGUAUGAACACUUCUCCUCUCUUCUCAGCCUGAUUCCUGCACUCUCCUGUCGAUCUCAAUAUCCCCCCUUUUUUAUGUUAUGUCACGUGCAAUUACACGAGAAUUUGGAAUCAUGUUGGACUCUGGAGUCAAGUUCACAUGAUUCGUUCAGCUCAAUCAUGCAGCGGUUUCCGGUUGCAUUUAGAAAACGAUUUCUCUUUCUUUUGCAUGAUCUCUCUGUUCCUGUCUUGUUUGUUUGUUUUGAAUUGGUUUUGUUAGAUCUUAGCAGAAUCUAUCCAUUCAAGUCCAAAUUGCCAGUUCAUCAUUUGCGUUGACUUUUAUUUUCAGCCAAAAUACCCAUUCCAUCAACUCACAUCCCACCAGCGUUUCCACCACCCUUUUAUCCCGUAACCCCUUCGUCGAAACAGCUCUCCUCUACGGUCUAACCUACAUAUCCACCAUCCUCCCCACAGGCACAACCAUCAAACCUGCCAAACUCACCAUCCUCGCUGACGACUCAUACUACUCCAACCCAUCAACUAACACCAUAACUCCAACAUCUCGCUUCUCAGACUUUAAUGUAACCCUUAAAGCCGCCCACAAAACCGGCCUCGGUUCCUCUGCUGCUCUGGUAACUUCCUUCACCGGCGCCCUACUAACACACUACCUCCCUACCUCCAAAUUCAACCUCUCAACCCCAGCGGGACAAUCAAUCCUCCACAAUCUUUCUCAAGCAGCUCACUGCGCCGCGCAGGGGAAAGUGGGUUCUGGAUUUGAUGUCGCGGCUGCUGUUUAUGGGACAUGUAUUUAUCGUCGUUUCUCCCCUUCCAUCCUCUCCUCUCUCGGAACACCAAACACCCCCGGAUUCGCUACCAGAGUCAAAGAGAUUGUAGAGAAUACCCCGAGUAAAGAGGGCUUGAAAUGGGAUACAGAAAUAUCACCAAACAGCGUCACGAUCCCCAAGGAUUUCGCACUCAUCAUGUGUGAUGUAGACUGUGGAUCCGAGACAGUCGGAAUGGUAAAAAAGGUCCUCGCGUGGCGAGCCGAGAACCCCGAUCUCUCAAAGAAACUCUGGGACGACCUCCAAGCUCGCAACGAGAAAUUGGGCACCUGUCUCUCCACGGCCGCGGAUCUGGAGGAGACCACCGAGGCGUUGAGCGCUAUCAGAGAGAAGAUCCGGGAGAUGAGUAGUCUCUGUGGCGUCCCUAUCGAGCCCGCGGAGCAGACGCAGCUCCUGGAUGCUCUCACUGGGAUUGAAGGCGUGGUUGGGGGUGUUGUGCCUGGUGCCGGGGGGUACGACGCGGUGGUCUUGUUGGUUCGAGAUGAUGCGGAGACGAAGGGGCGGAUUGAUGCUUUCCUGAAGCAGUGGAGGGGGGAUGGGAAGGGGAAUGUGAAGGUUCUCGGUGCGCAGGGGGAGUUGGAAGGUGCGAGACUGGAGAAGGUAGAGGGUUAUUAAGCUCUUUUUUCUUCUUGGUCUGCGGUUGGGCGGGGGCGUGGUGUAGAGUGUAUAUGGGCCUAGCUGUGAAUAGCACGCGUUCAAGAUCUGUUUUUUUGAUGUUUGUUUGUUCAUAUGCAAGAUUCGGAAUACAUACUGGCAACAAUUGAGAAGAAUAAAAAGCUACUCGUAAUA